AUGUAUUCAUUGAUAGAUGACCUGCUGACAUUUUGUUUGCACAUUUGUUUUGGGUGAAAUUUCCACUGGAAAAAAUCAAAUAUUCCCUCUGUAAAAUUGAACAUUUAAUUCAUAUUUAUUAAUAAUAGAUUCUACACAUUAUAAUAUGAAGCCAAGCGGAGGUGGCGAUGAAUAUGAGGAGCCUGAGCAUAUGCGGAAGCUUUUUAUAGGAGGCCUUGACUAUCACACCAAUGAUGCGUCAUUGAAAGAAUUUUAUGAGCAAUGGGGGGAAAUUGUGGAUGUAGUAGUUAUGAAGGAUCCGCAGACCAAAAGGUCUAGGGGGUUUGGAUUUAUUACAUAUUCCCGUGCACACAUGGUUGAUGAUGCUCAAAAUAAUAGACCUCACAAAAUUGAUGGAAGGGUGGUUGAACCGAAGAGGGCUGUGCCCAGAGAGGAGAUAAACCGGCCUGAUGCCAGCGCUACAGUGAAGAAACUGUUUGUUGGAGGCCUCAAACAGGAUGUUGAAGAAGAUGAUCUGAAGGAGUAUUUCAGCUCUUACGGGAACAUUGUGUCUGUAACCUUAGUGACUGAGAAGGAGACUGGAAAAAAGAGAGGCUUUGGUUUUGUAGAGUUUGAUGACUAUGAUCCUGUGGAUAGGAUAUGCUUGCAACAGAACCACAAGGUGAGAGGGAACCGUUUGGAUGUGAAGAAGGCUAUAUCGAAGAACGAGAUCUCGGGAGGCGGCGGCGGGAGGCGCGGGGGCGGGCGCGGCGGCGGCGGGUGGGGCAACCGGCAGAGCAACCAGGACUGGGGAAAUGACGGCGGGUACAAUUCUGGAUAUGGUCAAGGUGGUUGGAGCAAUCACAACCCUUGGGACAAUGCGGGAGGCUCCUGGGGGAACCAGGGCUACGGAGACCAGAGUGGAUGGGGACAGUCUUCAAACAACUUUGGGGGAAGCUACCAACAAGGGUACAGCGGAGGUCCUAUGCGGGGAAAUUAUAACGCUUCAAGGGCCCAGCCUUAUAAUGCAGGGGGCGGUGGUGGGGGAGGGUACUCCAGCAACAACGCCGGCGGCGGCUACAACAUGGGCAACGCCACGGCCGGGGGCAACCAGCGCAGAUUCUAGUCCGCAUCCACUCUUGUCUCAAGUCGCUUAGUUGAAGCUAGGCAGGCAGGCGUAGUGUAGGCCACGACACUAGCUAGUGAGGGGCGAGCGGACUUAGUGAAGCGACCACAUUUCAUAGUCAUUUAACUAUUUUUUUCUCCUUCGAGUGAGGUUUGUUCACAACAUAUAAGGUACUGUUUAGGCACUAGAUUCCUUUCAUGUAAGUUUUAGUCAUUUAGCACCGAACACAGUUUUUACAUUUGAAGUAUCACAAUGUAUGCACAAUUUGUGUCGGUCAGGCUCUUAUUAUGAGGAACUUUUAUAGUCACAAUAUUCUAUUGUAAAAGCUGUGGCGAUAGCAAUUUGCGUUUCUAGUCUAUAAGAGGAUAUAUUCAAUAAUUCUAUAAGUAUUGUUUAAUUUACUUCAUUAUGUUAAUAAAUUUUAUCUAAUUCGUCCAUUUUGCUAAUGUUAGCUAUGACAUUCCAAAAAGCAUACUAAAUAUCUAUGCGAAGGUCGUUUUAGUUAUUUAAGAUAACGACUUAUUAAAGCAAUCAAAUAUAAAGUAUAUCAGUGUGAAAUUUUUUAUAACUCUCGGUGUUAGAUAUAGGAUACAAUUUAACAAUAUAAAGGUUUGUUCGUUAUACAAAAAAAUAAAUAUAGAAAUUGUUAUAUUUUUGUUUGACAUACAUGUUUCUUUCAUAUUAACGGUUCUAUUUUAAGAUUUGUAAGUUAAUGGAAUUAUUUGUGUUCUUUGUUAUAAUAUGCUCUAGAAGAAGCAUAAUUCAUUUCGACAUUAUAAUGUGUGAAGUUUUAAAUAUUUUGUUUAUUAUUGAGUGCCUAAAAUUAAAUACUAUACUGUUUUCCAUGGACUCUUCUAUACGUGGACGAGCCGCUGGUGGAAAAGGCCAUGGUAAGUGACUUUGCCUGAAUAAAACAUAUUCCACAACAA